AUGGGACGCAUUGAACUAUACUUCGACGUCAUCUCGCCCUACAGCUGGAUCGCCUUCGAAGUCAGUAAAAAACCCUCUUUUCAAAAGAUGAGUUUCAUCUAGGCUCUGACAAAGCUGAACGAAAAAUGGAACAUCGAGAUUCAGCUGAAGCCGUUCUACUUAGGGGAAGUCAUGAAAAGAAGUGGUGAAUUUCGGCUCAUUUUUUAAACUCAUACUCAUACAACUUUUUCAAGGAUCUCGCCCGCCAGCUCUUGUGAAAGCUAAAGGAAUUUUCAUGGUGGCCGAUUUGGAUAGAAGUUCAAAGUACUGGGGAAUUCCAUUAAAUCCGUGUCCUGUCAGUUUUUAUCAUAAUGCGAAGUUCUCGAAGUUGCGGUUUUUUAUUUAAAGUUUUUUAUACCAUUUUUCUUUUCCUGUAGUCUGCAUACAUGUACUGUAUAGCAGUUUUUGGAUUUGAUCUUCGUAUUCCAUUGAAUCUUUCUGAAUUGAAUAUGUAUUCAGAAUAUCACUUUGAAUGUAGAGCCCAAUAGUCUGGCUCAUCAGACCUUUUUCGACCGAUAAAAACAGAUUUAAAGUUUUCAGGAGUUCAUGAGAUGGAUGAAAACUUAUACAACGGAAGACGCCCAAAAAGUGCUUCUCACUUUGCAAAAAAAUCAACCAGGUAUCAGAAUAUAGGAACAUACUUACUUAGAAAUUGAACUCUAGAACUUUUGGAAGCGGCGGCACGCGAAUUUUGGCUUCGAUUAUGGUCAAGAGGGCAGAAAAUAUUCGAAAAGAACGAUCUCCUGGAGGUAUAGUAGAAAAAAAUCUAUCAUUUUAUCUAACGACCCUACUCCUACUUUCAAUUUUUGAUUUUUUGAGGUUCUUAAAACCAUCGGCGCUCGAGAUAUUGAAGGAACGCUCACCGAAUCGAAGAGCUCGGAAGUUGCAAAUCUUCUAGAGGAAAAUAUAUCAACGGCUGUUGAUCAAGGAGUCUGUAUCUUCUUAGUUUUCAAAAUGAUAACCCGUUUUAGGCGUUCGGAGCACCAUGGAUCGUAGUUCAUGAUGAUAACGGAGACGAACACUACAUCUUUGGUUCAGACAGAAUGCACCACAUCGCGGAUAUUCUGUCACUUCCUCUUCUUUCGAAGAUUUGA